UAAGACAACAAUUAUUUACUUCGAAAAAGGGCUAAGGGUGCCUGCGGUCUCGAGACUCAGAAUCAUAGUAUUAUUUCCGGUUUCGGUCUGAAGAACUGCGAUUUUUGCAAUUCUCCUAUCUCAGAAAGCUUACUCUCUUUCUUAGAUCCUGUAACUACUGUCGAUUGAYGUGGAUUCUGCACCAACUGGUCAUAAUUCUGCAAAUUUACGGCCAGAGAAACUUGAAGUUUUCAAUCUUGUUGGGGUUCUUCAUCAAUUGAAUUUUUGUGGCUAAAUAAGGAGGUGGGAAAAUGUCAUUCGAUCUGCUGCUGAAGCCGUCGUGCAGUGGAUGCGGGUCCUCGACGGAUUUGUAUGGGAGCAAUUGUAAGCACAUGACUUUGUGCUUGACCUGCGGCAAAACUAUGGCUGAGAAUAAGGGCAAAUGUUACGACUGUGGCGCUACUGUAACUCGCUUAAUAAGAGAAUACAAUGUUCGAGCAAGUGCAAGUAGCGACAAGAACUACUUCAUUGGUAGGUUCAUGAGUGGGCUGCCAAACUUCUCGAGGAAGAGAAAUGCUGAAAAUAAAUGGUCUCUUUACAAGGAAGGUCUUCAAGGACGCCAGCUUUCUGAUGCCUUGCGGGAGAAAUACAAGAAUAGACCCUGGCUCUUGGAAGAUGAAACGGGCCAAUUUCAGUUCCAAGGACAUCUUGAAGGUUCACAGUCAGCAACAUAUUACUUGCUUGUAUUGCAAGGGAAGGAAUUUACUGCCAUUCCUGCUGGUUCUUGGUACAAUUUCAACAAAGUGGCACAGUAUAAGCAACUUACGUUGGAGGAGGCAGAAGAGAAAAUGAAGAAUCGAAAGAAAACAGCUGAUGGAUAUGAAAGAUGGAUGAUGAAAGCUGCAAGUAAUGGUCCUGCUGCUUUUGGUGAAGUCGAGAAGUUUGAUGACAAAGAUGCUGUUGGUGCUAGUGGUCGGGGGCGCAGGAAAACUACUGGUGAUGAGAAUGAAGGUAAUGCCUCAGAUAGGGGAGAAGAAGAUGAAGAAGAAGAGGCGGCAAGGAAGAACAGGUUGGGCCUCAAUAAAAAGAGCGGCGAUGAUGAUGAUGAGGAAGGUCCUAGGGGAGGUGACCAUGACAUGGACGAUGAUGAUAUUGAGAAAGGAGAUGAUUGGGAGCACGAAGAAAUUUUUACUGAUGAUGACGAAACUACUGCUCCUGAUCGUGAAGAAAGGGAGGAUUUGGCCCCCGAGGUUCCGGCACCUCCAGAAAUCAAGCAGGAUGAAGACGACGAGGAUGAAGAAAAUGAAGGGGAGGGUGGUCUGAGCAAAUCUGGAAAAGAGUUGAAGAAAUUGCUUAGGCGUACUGGAGGUCUUAAUGAUUCAGAUGGAGAGGAUGACGACGACGAUGACGAUGUGGAGGAGGAUAUUGGUGGCACCCCAGUUGUGGCUUCGAAGCAGAAGGAUACAGUUAAAGAAGAAGCUGCAGCCAGCAGUCCCUCAAAGCCUAUACCUUCUGGAUCUUCUAAGGGAACCCCGUCUUCUACGAAGGCAUCCAAGGGGAAAAGAAAAUUAAAUGGCGACGAUGUGAAACCAUCUAAUGUACCUCCGAAGAAAGUGAAAACCGAGACGGAYUCGAAGUCUACAGACGAGGGUGUGUCUACAUCUAAAAGUACGGCCUCGAAAGGUGCACCGGCAUCAGUCAAAACAGAAUCGGCAUUGCCUUCUGGACCUGUUACUGAAGAAGAAAUCAGGGCUGUUUUGCGGCAAAGGACUCCUGUGACUACACAGGAUCUUGUUGCAAAAUUCAAAGCAAGACUAAGGUCUCAAGAGGACAAGAAUGCAUUUGCAGAAAUACUGAGGAGAAUUUCAAGGAUCCAAAAGACUAAUGGAGGACCAAGUUAUGUUGUGUUGAGAAAACCUGAAGACUAGAAGAAGAUUUCAAUUUAUGCUUCUUUUUGAUGCAGCUGGUUCAUGAUUCCCAUCUGGUUGGUGGGUUACGGCCAUCAAAAUGUGUAUUUAUUUACUUUUUCGAUACAAAGGAUAAAUUUGUGACCUUGAAAGAGGCAUUCGCUGUUGGAAUUUAAGUUGCAAGAGAUUUGUCCACAUUAAUUAAGAAACGAAAUAUUCCACAGA